CCGUGAAGCUCUUCUCAAGGUGCAUGCUGGGAACACGAGUCGGCAAGGAAGCACCCCGAUUUCACUCCAGCUGUCUUUUCGAUGGCCAUACAAAUCGCAAGAUGCCAGUUGUCAACCGCACGUUUCACUCGCCGCUGCAGGCUAAAGGCACGCAACCCAUACUGGGUGUUUUCAACUUUGCCAUGACGGACGCCCGCGUGCUCUCGAUCCAAUCCCACGUUGUCCAUGGCUACGUGGGCAACCGCAGCGCCGUCUUCCCGCUGCAGCUCCUCGGCGUCGAGGUCGACGUUCUCAACACGGUGCAUCUGAGCAACCACACGGGCUACAAGAAGUUCCGCGGCCAGCGCAUGGACGCAGCGCAGCUUGAAGAGGUGGUCUUGGGCCUCGAAGAGAACGACCUGCUCAACUACUCGCACCUCUUGACGGGCUACAUUGGCAGCCCCGGCCUGGCCCAAGCCAUUGUCAACACGCUCACAAAGCUCCGUGCCAAGAACAAGGACACACUCUAUGUGUGCGACCCGGUCAUGGGCGAUGAGAACAAGCUCUACGUGCCCCGCGAGCUCGUCGACAUCUACCGCGACCAGAUCAUUCCGCUGGCCGACAUUGUGACGCCCAACCAGUUUGAGUGCGAGCUCUUGACGGGUCUGCCCAUGACGUGCGACACGGACGUCAUCCAAGCGUGCCGCCACCUCCAUGGCAUGGGUCCCAAGAUCGUCGUCAUUAGCAGCUUCCUCACCAGCGACGAUGCCGAGACGCUCUUCAUUUAUGCCAGCGAGAAGAUCUCAGGCACCGAAUUCCAGCAGUUCAAGAUGGAAAUCCCGCGCCUGCAGGAGUACUACUCGGGCACGGGGGACCUCUUUGCUGCGCUACUCCUUGGCUGGCUCUCGAGACCCGAUGUGGGCUUGAAGUCGGCCGUUGAAAACAUCGUGGCGUCCAUCCAAGCCGUGCUCAAGCGCACGUCGGCCGCGCAAUCUGCGAACCGCGAGCUCAAGCUCAUUCAGAGCCGCCAUGACCUCGAGUUUCCGACGGUGACGAUCCAUGCGACGGCGUUUUAGACUCGAUGCUGCGUCUGUGUCGUAGUACAUUUGUAGCAAGAAGAUCCAAUACGUGUACUGCUCAGGAUGAACCAUCUCACAUCGACUUGACAUUCGUGGGGCGGUUCUGGAGCC